UUUUGUCUGUAGAUAAUGUUUGAGACAUUUAACACACCAGCUAUGUAUGUUGGAAUUCAAGCAGUGCUGUCUCUCUAUGCAUCUGGACGUACUACUGGUAUUGUCUUAGAUUCUGGUGAUGGCGUUUCUCACACAGUACCAAUCUACGAGGGCUAUGCUUUACCUCAUGCUAUCUUGAGGCUUGAUCUUGCUGGCCGAGACCUUACAGAUUACCUGAUGAAGAUCUUGACUGAGCGAGGCUACUCUUUCACAACAACAGCCGAGAGAGAAAUAGUUCGAGAUGUCAAGGAGAAGCUGUGUUUUGUUGCUUUAGACUUUGAACAGGAGAUGGCCACAGCAGCAUCUAGCUCAGCUCUUGAGAAGAGCUAUGAGCUUCCUGAUGGUCAGGUUAUUACCAUUGGAAAUGAGAGAUUCAGAUGUCCAGAGGUCAUGUUCCAACCAGCUUUCAUUGGUAAUACCAUUUCUAAGUGGUUCUUUUUUGUGUGUUUUAUUGGCUGUUUUGGCAAAUAUGCCGAAACAGCCUUGUAA